AAUCUGUGAAUGGGAUUUUCCAUGCCAGUUCUCCUGGAAACACAUUGCUACCCAUCGACAUCAGAAGGACGACAGAUAGAAGAAAAAAGACCAGGAGAAUUGGUUUAAGAACAAAACAAAACAGGAAACCCAAAGAUCUUAAAUUUUAACAAGCAUGUGGUUCUACCUGGCAUUGGCAGUUUUGCUGUACUUUGUGAUACGAUCCUAUCGGGAAAGGCAGCAGGUAGACAAUUUGAGAGAGAAAUAUGUCUUCAUCACUGGCUGUGAUUCUGGUUUUGGAAACCAGCUGGCCAGGCAACUGGAUGCCAAGGGUCUGCGGGUGUUGGCUGCUUGUCUCACCCAGAAAGGAGCACAGGAACUGGAGAGACUCUCAUCGGAUCGUUUGAAAACCACCCUGCUGGAAGUCACCAGUACCGAGAGCAUUGAGACAGCAACUGCAUGGGUAAAAGAAUGUGUGGGCAACAAAGGACUCUGGGGCUUGGUAAAUAAUGCUGGAAUUAUACACCCCAUAUUCCCCAAUGAAUGGCUGACCAAAGAGGAUUAUAUAAAAGUGCUGAAUGUCAAUCUAAUUGGGCUGAUUGAUGUGACACUGCAUAUGUUGCCCUUGGUGAAGAAGGCCAAGGGAAGAGUGGUCAACAUGUCCAGCAUCAUGGGCAGACUAAGUACCAUAGGAGGUGGCUACUGUCUCUCAAAGUAUGGAGUGGAGGCUUUCUCUGACAGUCUCAGGCGUGAGAUCCAUUCAUUUGGGGUGAAAGUAGCCAUAAUCGAGCCAGGCUAUUUCCGCACAUCCAUGACUGAUGUCCCAAAAAGUCUUGCGAUCCUGGAGCAGCAAUGGAUCAAAAUCCCAAAGGAAAUCAAAGAAAGCUAUGGCCAGCCUUACUUUGAUUCAUUUUACAAGGGGUUCAAAGACAACAUUGAAGCUCGUUGCUCCACAGACCUCUACAUGGUGACUGACUGUAUGGAGCAUGCUUUGAUAUCCAAAUACCCCCAUACACGCUAUUCUGCUGGAUGGGAUUCCCAGUAUAUCUUCAUUCCUCUCUCUUACUUUCCCACUUCCAUCACAGAUUUUGUGCUGACUCGGUCUUGGCCUAAACCUGCUCAGGCUCUGUAAAAGGAACAGGGUGGAAAAGUUGGGAGGAAGGAGGUCUACGAACAGAAGUUCCAACCACCAUCUUUGGCCUAUCCAUGCAGUUAAAAGUACACAUCAGUGUCAGUCCUUGCCCACUGUAAGAGCGCUUCCAGACCAAAGGCUUUUAUCUCUUCCAACCCAGCCACCCUGAGAUCUGUCGUAUCAGCAAGUCUUCCUAUUGACCGUUCAUUCACAAGACCCUUUGUUUUCAACAUUUGCAGAUCUCCAAUGCUUUAGGCAUAGUGGCAGUCAUAGCUCUCUCUCUCUCUCUCUCUCUCUCUCUCUCUCUGUGUGUGUGUGUGUGUGUGUGUGUCUGUCUGUCUGUCUGUAUGUCUGUAUGUCUGGUCUGGAGCUUGCUGAGACUAUCUUCAACCAAUUGUAGUUCUCACUUUCUUCAUCCAAACUAGCCAAGGACAGAGAAUGCUAGCUAAUUAUUGUUUGAAGUUUCUCUUCUAAACCUAUCCAGUCACUGAUAAUCUGCCUCUGAACUUCCAACGGUCCAUGGAUUAAUGAAUAUCCUUUUAUCUUUUCUUCACAAAAAUAGCAAAUAACUUACUUGCAUCUUCCCUUAAAACACACAUGCUGCCCAUGGAUUUCUAUAUGUGUACUUGUGUAUGUUUAUAUUCUGGUAGCCUGAUAUGAGGAUGGCUGGAAGAGAAGAUAAAAAAGAAUUUAAAAAAGA